AUGGGGCAAAGGAUGUUGCGUUUUGACUUUGUCUCCCGGGAUCCACCACUGGUUGGGUUUGAGAGCCGUGUGAUGGGUGACUAUCCAGCACGAUGUAGUAGGGGUUGCAAACCGGACGGUACACAACUUGGUUUUGGAAGAUAUGACACUAAAAGUUAUAGAGCUUGUCGUCUUUCAUAUCGAGCCAUUGAAGCAGCGUGUCGUGCUAUAAUUGGACACUUCCAUCGUGCUAUGAGCGGACAAUUCCAAAGAAAUGGUAAGAUAUGGGUAAGAGUUCUCGCAAAUAUCCCUAUUACCGGGAAACCUACAGAAGUAAGAAUGGGAAGAGGAAAAGGAAAUCCUACGGGUUGGAUUGCUCGUGUGUCUAGGGGACAAAUUCUAUUUGAAAUGGAUGGUGUGAGUUUGUCAAAUGCUCGACAAGCCGCUACAUUAGCGGCGCAUAAACUAUGUUCGUCAACCAAGUUUGUUCAGUGGUCGUAA